AUGACAGAAAAGCUUGCACAGACAGCCAUUAACGGCGAAAAAGACCCAUUCCUAAUUACGACGAAGGAAAUUCUAGGUUUCUGUCUGAUGAGAGAUCACCAACUGAUCCCGACCGGCGAUGAAUUAAAAGAGCCAGAGCAGGUGAUACAUGCCAGUGGUAAAAGACCAGUUGUUCUCCCUGGAUCUUCGAGAAAUAAACAUGAAGAGAAGGUUCAAUGGGCACGAUUAUGGGAGAGGAUCUUCAUGGGGGUAUGUGGUGGUGUGGCACUCAUCGCGCCUAUGCUUCUCAUGGUUCUGCACAAAUCUCGAGCCACUACACUGGCAACGACUAGUGUGGCUACCAUUCUUUUUGCGCUGAUGUUAGCUUUACUUGGAAAGAAUUUGCGAGGACAGGAUGUGCUGGCUGCAGUUGCUGCAUAUGCGGCGGUGUUGGUUGUCUUUGUAGGAGCCAGCUCAACUUGA